GUCCCGAGCCCGGCCCGGAGCUGCAGGAUGGCGGCGGCGGCGCCUGGGGCCGCGGUGGCGGCCUCGGCGGCAGGCGGCGGGUCGGUUAGCGGCGCGCGGGGUGCCGGGGCGCGGGAGGGCGCGCGGGUGGCGGCGCUGUGCCUGCUCUGGUACGCUCUGAGCGCGGGCGGGAACGUGGUGAACAAGAUCAUCCUGAGCGGCUUCCCCUUUCCCGUGACCGUGUCGCUGUGCCACAUCCUGGCGCUGUGCGCGGGGCUCCCGCCGCUGCUGCGGGCCUGGCGCAUCCCGCCCGCUCGCGGCCCGGGGCCCGGCUCCGGCCCCGGCGCGGCCGCGGGCGCCGACCCGCUACCGCCCCGCUUCUACCCGCGCUACGUGCUCCCGCUCGCCUUCGGCAAGUACUUCGCCUCCGUGUCGGCUCAUUUCAGCAUCUGGAAGGUGCCCGUAUCUUACGCGCACACCGUGAAGGCAACCAUGCCAAUCUGGGUGGUGCUGCUGUCCCGGAUCAUCAUGAAGGAGAAGCAGAGCACCAAGGUAUAUUUAUCCUUGAUCCCCAUCAUCAGCGGUGUCUUGUUGGCCACAGUCACUGAGUUAUCCUUUGAUAUGUGGGGGCUCAUCAGUGCUCUGGCAGCGACCCUCUGCUUUUCCCUUCAGAACAUAUUCUCCAAAAAGGUGCUGAGAGAUUCAAGGAUCCAUCAUCUUCGGUUGUUGAACAUACUUGGAUGUCAUGCUGUCUUUUUUAUGAUCCCAACAUGGGUUUUGGUUGACCUUUCUUCUUUCCUAGUAGAGAAUGACCUGAAUUCGAUUUCCCAGUGGCCCUGGACUUUAAUGCUGCUAAUAGUCAGCGGAUUUUGUAACUUUGCGCAGAACGUCAUUGCUUUUAGCAUUCUUAAUUUGAUCAGCCCAUUGAGUUAUUCUGUUGCAAAUGCUACAAAAAGGAUCAUGGUUAUCACAGUAUCCCUCAUAAUGCUACGUAACCCAGUCACCAGCACUAAUGUUCUGGGCAUGAUGACAGCUAUCUUAGGGGUCUUCUUGUAUAAUAAGACCAAGUAUGAUGCAAAUCAAGAGGCCAAGAAGCAUCUUCUGCCCGUGGUAGCUGGAGACCUUGGAAAUCCUGAUCACCAUCGAAACACACCAGAGAAAUCUCAGAAUGGAAUUAUUUUCCCUCAGCAUGGGGACUAUCACUAUGGUCGAACCAGCAUCUUCACAGAUCACUUUCAGUACAACAGGCAAAACUAUCCAAACACAUACAGUUUAAAUCAUUAUGAUGUAUAGAAUUUAGAAGACAGGUAGAGACUGUGAAGAGAUUAUUUUUUCCCCCAAGCAGUAUCACAAACUUCUGACACACCAGUGAAUUCAGAAUCAGAAUGUACUUCUCCUGCAGAUGGGAAGGUGUAUGAUUGUCAAUGAUACAAGUGUGAUCUUCCACUAAACACAUUCUUAUGCAUGGAGCACCUUCCAUAGGGAUCCCGGAGUAGGGAGUAUACCUGCAGUGCAAAAGUUUGGGGUUCUGAUGAAAGGUAAACUUUCAGACUCCAGGAGGGGAGAUCUUUGCUGCCUAUGUUGUCUUGGAGUUUGACACCAGAGGAUUGUGUUGAUAGGAAAAUUAUGGCUAGUAUUACUUUCCUGUGUUUAAUUUUCUGAAGCCAUGUGUUUCUAAGUUAACAUCUUUGCUUUCUGAAUGAAGUUACUUGAGAUCCUUUUUGAAAAAUUAAAAUUUCUAGGUAGACUCUUCAUGGGUUAGCAUUCAGCUAUGUGUGGUAUCAUGGACAAGGAUUGUGCCUGAGUUUCUGGAAACCAAAGUUUGCAUUGCACUACUUGAACGUGUCUGGGUCACAACUAUAAUGUGUGUGGUAAAGGGCUUGGUUGGUAGGAAUUUGUGACCCCAUUGUAAUGGUUUCUAUAGAUUGUCAAAAAGGAGAGAUUUUUUAUUUAGUCAAAGAAGGGUCAGUGCUAAAAGAAUUUUAUUAAUGACUGUGAGUAGUACUUCAAAUAUAAGGAAAAGCCAAGUAGUUUCCCAAGACAUUGUGACAAUCCAUUUGUGAUCCUCAGCAAAUGUAAAAAAAACCAAAACUGUAAAUAAGUAGACUGGUCUUUCCAUCCUGUUUGCAUUCUGGGCAUGCAUCAUUUGUUUCUGUUGCUGGGUGUAUUCAGCCUUAAUUGUUUGACCUGAAAUUCUGAAGUUGCACUGGCUCACAUCCAUAGAAGGAAGUUCAUCUCCUCUUCCAUUGCAGGAGAGAGCAGAAUAUUUUUCUCUCCUUGAUGCAUCAAGUGGUAUCAGCAGCAAGGGGAGUAUCAUUGCAGAUAUUCCCUGAUUAACAAAAGGCACAUAAGGAAAUAAUCAUCGGUGCUUUAAACAGCUCUUUCCCCAGGACUUAUACCCUCUCAUUCUCUGAGGUUGAAUUGGGCAGACAGAUACUGCCAAAUGAAGCUUUGUUUUUAUAGGAAGGAUUUUGCACUUUCUACAGAUGAUUUUGUAAAUGUGUGUGUCUGUAUACUGGGCCCUCUGACUCCCUCUUGAAUCUAAAGACCUUUGCUUUCUAGUGUUUCAAAACAAUGAUCUAUUGAUAGUAGCAAAUGUUUGCCUAAUACUCCUCUGUAUACAGUAGGAACGAGUCACUUUGCAGUUUUGUGUCUGAGUACUAUAAUCAGGGAAAAAUAGAAAGGAAUCAAGGAUACUCCGCAAGUGUGUUUUGUUAUUUCCUAAUAGAAAUGGUCGAGUUGUGUUGAAUAUGUUUUUAAAUUACAUUGUUCAGAAUCAUGUUUCCCGAGUAGGAUGAAAAGGCUAUUAGUUGAGCUUUUUUUUUUAAGCACACAAAUGAACAAAACAUUUUGACCAGAAUUAAGAUGUUACCCCUUAGGUUCUGAGUAAUGAAAACAACAGUAGAGCACCAAUUUAAAGCAACUGGCUCUUCCAUGGAUUUAGUGCUACUAUAGGUAUAAGUAUGUUCUGUUCUGUUCUUUUGAGCUUCCUAAUAAUUAUUGCAUUUUGCAAAAGCCUGAUAGAACAUGAUUAGUCCAUGAGGUCAGUGUUAAUCCUGUCCCAUGCCACUGGCCUUCUAAAGCAGCUCUCCUCCAGGCGAUGAACUCUUAACUCAAACCUUGGGAUCUUAAGUGCUGGCUUGCUUGUGAAAUACUGGUUGGAUACCUCAGUGGAUCCUCAUUGAUCUUAUUGACAUGCACUACUGUAGAUUGGAGGUGUCAAACAUGCAACCCGCAGGUCCUUGCAGCCGACAACACUCCCGAGUGCACCUGAUCCAGAUUAAAAUAUAAUUGGGAAAUACUUAACAAAAUAAAUAAAAAUAAAAUAAGACAGAUAAUAGUACAUUUUGAAACUAUGUCAAUAUAUGGUGCACAGGGAUCCUUUUGUAGGGAUUAGUUGCCAUGUUUGUCCUUGAGUUUGACCCCCCUGCUAUAGAUGAUAACCCAUCUAGACCUUCCUGUCCUGUGCCCUUCUGACCCUGUCCUUUCAUAAAGGAUUUACCUAAUAUACUGAUGGCCUUCCUUCCUCUACAUAUUGAGGUAUUUCAUAGAGACCAGGGCAGCAUUUGGCCUGUUCAUCUUUUAAUCCUCUUUUUUGGUACAUACUAAGUUCCACUACCUUUUCUGCUCAAACAUGGGAAAAAAUGAGGUCGUCUCCCUUGGAGGGAGAUACACAUUGUGUCAGCUGUUGGCUCAUUGACUUUUUCCUUCUUGCUUCUGUUAGACUAAUGAAAUAACUCAGCUUCUUAAGUGUUUUGCAUGAAAAUGAGCCAGUAUUGUAACCAACAUUUGAAUCCGUUUUUUUAAGUUACUACUUUUUUAUAGUAAGUACGCUAGUACAUUAAAUAAAAUCAGUCAAAAGAAAUAAAUGAUCAGCUUUGUAAGGUCCUGUCACUGCUUACAAUCCCCCUAUCCGGGCUAGACUUUUAUAUGCCACAGAUUUUAAAGCAACUUUGUGUGUGUGUGUGUGUGUGUGUGUGUGGCUCAGCUUUCUGCUUCUAAGCUUGAGUACAGUUAGUACCUAAAAUCACAAGGCAUGACUUGGGAGAGAUACAGAAAAGCACUUCCCAAAUUUCUUUAUGAUGGGGGGUUAGAUCCUAAACAUGGAUUUUUCUUUUCUUUUUAGCGGCAUUUGAGCAAUACUGAGACAUUUUUGCACAUUCUAGUUAAGACAGCAAAGUAGUGUUUCUGGCUUUUGCCAUUUGAUUUCUUGAACACCGUAAUCCAACUCCAAAAAAAUUCAGGUAAAAGGAAGUUUCUGAUAUUAUUGCAGUUUGUAUUAACUUAAUUUUUCAAUGCAGGAUCUUAUGUAGGUGAGGUGAAACAGUUGUUAAAUACCAUGUGUAAAUUAAUGAGUGGUCUCUAGCUCUGUGCAUCAACUUGUAUGUAGCAGGUACGUACACUGGAAUGAAAAGACCCUACGGGGACAGUCAAACAAAAUGUUCCUCGUCCUCAAAGGAAAGAAAAUAAAUCUUUACCAUUGUAA